AUGGAGUUGAAGAAUCCUGAGGCCUCUUUUGACUCUGGAUCCAUCAAAUCCCGGGAAAACAUCUGGUUUCCUAUCAUGCUAAAUGACGCACAGAAAACAAAUAGUGCCACAAGGCAUGGAGAUUACAUUGUUGGUAAGCAGCAGCAGGGCCCCAUUGUGAGUUCGAGCUGGUGGUCCCUUGUGAAAAUUGCAAGUAAUACAGAACAAGAUGAUAAAGGGAAGAGUUUGCCAGUUGAAGGUGUAAUCCAAUCUGGUGCCUUGAAUACAUUGCCACCCCCGAGGGAGGUUGCUAGACCAGAAAUGAAGAAGAGUUUGCUACAUAUGGAGAACCUUGACGAGGAGGAAUGGAGGCAUGGAGAUUACAUUGUUCGUAAGCAGCAGCAGGGCCCCGUUGUGAGCUCGAACUGGUGGUCCCCUGUGAAAAUUGCAAGUAAUACAGAGAAAGAUGAUAAAGAGAAGAGUUUGCCAGUUGAAGGUGUGAUCCAACCUGGUGUCUUGAUAACAUUGCUACCCCGAGGAAGGUUGCUAGACUAG